CCCUCACCGCUGUGAAGCACUAAGAAAAAAAAAGUUGUCCCGCAGGUCGGGGGCUGUGGUGUCCGAGCUCGGGCGGAGUCAGUGAACGCCCCUCGCUGAGUGACAGUCCUGCCCCACGGUCUCGGCUCCGCUGCUCCGCCGCUCCGCAGCUCUCACACCGCGGCCACAGCACCACAGCCGAGCCGGGGGUGUGAGUGUGUGGGGACGGACACUCUGAGAACCGGCAGCGUGCAGCGGGACCCGCUCCGUGCUCCGCAAUGAGCGGUGAAUGGGAUUAAAGCGCGCGGACGGCAGUAGUAGUAGUGGAGAGUAGGGGGAGCUCCGCACCCAGCGACGCCGCAUGUGCUCGCCCGUGUGCGGCUUGGGAAACUUGCGCUGCUCCGUCCACUCGAGAGAAAAGCAAACAAGAGGACACAAGAGGGGAACCCACUCAUUCUGCGGCCGCAUUCUAAAACUGUGCACCGGGUUCGAGCUCCGGGACUCGCGGCGGCAACACACCGACCCCUGCCUCCUCUCACAUGCCUGCGUUGAUGUGUGGGAGCGAGGGAGGGGAGCGGAGCCGGGGGGAUGUUUGAGUCAGCCCGCUGAACUUCCACAGACACCCCGAGAGAAAUUCAAGACAGAAAAAGUUAGUUGUUGUUGGAAGUGAAGGAGACUGCGGCGGUCAUGGAGGGGCAAGCGGGCGAGCAGCAGCAGCAGCAGCAGCCGCAGCAGCAACAACCGCAGCCGCCGCACAGCUGCUGCGAGGACGUGCGGAAGAGCGGCUACCUCCGCAAGCAGAAGUCCAUGCACCGGCGGUACUUCGUGCUCCGCGCCGCCUCGGAGCGCGGCCCGGCCCGUCUGGAGUACUACGAGAGCGAGAAGAAAUUCCGCGGCAAGGCCCCCGUCCCGAAGCGGGCGGUGGCGCUGGAGACGUGCUUCAACAUCAACAAGCGGGCCGACGCCAAGAACAAGCACAUGAUCGUGCUGUACACGCGGGCCGAGAGCUUCGCCGUGGCCGCGGAGAACGAGGCGGACCAGGACGAGUGGUACCAGGCCAUGGUGGAGCUGCAGUGCAAAAGUAAGAACCCCUCUGACAGUGGAGCUGCGGGGGACUAUGGUGUGCCCAAUCCUGGGCCUGCAUUCAAAGAGGUGUGGCAGGUGAAGGUGUGGCCCAAAGGCCUGGGUCAGGCCAAGAACUUGGUGGGCAUCUACCGCCUUUGCCUGACUGACAAGACGGUCAACUUCGUCAAACUCAACUCUGAUGCUGCUGCUGUGGUGCUGCAGCUCAUGAACGUCAGACGCUGCGGCCAUUCAGAAAACUUCUUCUUUGUCGAAGUGGGACGCUCUGCCGUGACAGGCCCGGGCGAGUUCUGGAUGCAGGUGGAUGAUUCGGUGGUGGCCCAGAACAUGCAUGAAACCUUGCUAGAGGCCAUGAAGGCACUGAGUGAGGAGUUCCGCCAACGCAGCAAAUCUCAGUCAAACUCCGGCCCUGGAGGAGGUGCUACCGCUUCAAACCCCAUCAGUGUUCCCUCACGCCGCCACCACCCAAACCCUCCUCCCAGCCAAGUGGGCUUCACCCGCAGGCCCCGAACUGAGCCUCCUGGAGGUGCUAACUGUGGAGCAGGAGGCAACAGUGCCAAUGCUUCUCCAACCCCACGGGAUAUCUUCCCGAGGUCUCGCACUGCCAGUGAGGGUGGGAAAGGUGAGGAUGGGAUAACUGUGACCACACCUCUCCAAGGACCGAGCUCCAGUCCCGCCACCAAUGGCUCCUGUUCUACCACCCCUAUCCUCAGGUCGAAGUCAGUCCGUUCAGUCCCCACCACAGCUGCUAAAACUUCUCUUGGACUGAUGCGCUCCAUCUCCACCCCAGCACCCUCCCCAGCCCAAAGCCUCUCAUCUAGCUCCGGGCAUGGCUCUGACUUUGGAGGUGUAUCAUCUUCUGCUACUAUUGGCCCGGGAUGUGGAACCUAUAGCCGUGUUCCCACCCAUCGUGCCUCUGUCUCUGGCUCCCCCAGUGACUAUGGCUCCUCAGAUGAAUAUGGCUCUAGUCCUGGGGAUCACACGCUCCUUCCCUCCCCAAGCCUCCCUGGAAGCUCUGUAGGUAGCGUCAGUAGCCAAUCCCUUGGUGAGGAGGGUGCCAACUACAUCCUGAUGGGCCAGCGUAGUGGUGGGGGCAGUGGUAGCAACAGCAAUCAAGGGAGCGUGACGUCCAGUUCCCUGCCAGCACCAGGAACACCAUCCUGUGGCUCCCAGCCCCAUACCAGGAGAGUGCUGCGUCGCUCCUCAAGUCGUGAAUGUGAAGCUGAACGUAGGCUGCUGAGUAAACGGGCUUCCUUACCUCCUAUGACCCUGGAGAGGCUGGCCCCACAUCAGCGUAGAGCCGAGGAACCAGCAGAUGAAGAUUCAGCUGAUUAUGCCAUAAUGUCGAGGAGCACCAGUCGUGAAUCCUUCACUUCCUCCUCCUCCUCCACACAGAGGGAAUCUGUCUUGGGGGCUGGUUCGGCUGGGGGAGGAGGAUACUUAGAUGUGGCGGAGUUCAAAAGUGAAGGGAGUGGAGGAGCAGGAGGAGCAGGAGGAGGUAUAGAUUUAGGUGUAGACAAUGGGUAUAUGUCCAUGCUGCCUGGCGUCACUCAGCCUCCAGUAUCCCUGUCCCAGUCUCUGGCUGUCUCUGUCCCAGACUCAGAUUCUAAACCUGCUGAUGAUUACAUGGCUAUGACCCCUAACAACAGUGUGUCCCCUCCGCAGCAAAUCAGGCCUCCACCAACUUCUGACGGCUAUAUGAUAAUGUCCCCCAAUAGCAGCUGUUCCCCUGACCAGCGUGGUGGUCUCUCUGGAGGAGCUUGGGUGGGCAGUGGCAGUGCAGACAGCAGAGCAGGCAGUGACUAUAUGAACAUGUCUCCUAUCAGUGCUCGUUCUGUUAAUGGCAGCCCCCCACCCCCUGAACACACAGCUCAUUUGGAGACUAUUUCUCAACAGCCAGCUCCCAAGAUGGUUUAUUCCUACUAUUCCCUUCCCCGGUCAUACAAACAUAACCCCUCUGCUGGACACUUUGACGAUGGGCCAGGACGAGGAAGAAGGCCCAAUGGGAGUUGUAGUAGGGGAAUGAGUGGAGGUAGGACGAUGGGAGUGCGUCAGGAGCAACCAGCAUCAGGCAGCUCAGUGGUGGGACGCCACCUGUCACUCUCAUCAUCCUCAUACUCCUCUAGCUCAGCUAGCAGCGAGAGCCUUGGGGAGAGCGAGGACAGAGCUACCCAGACAGUGAGCCCCAUGGCUGGGGGAACUCAGUCCAAAGAUGGGAGUAAACUCCAGCAGAGACGGGGCUCCAGUGGGUUGUCCAAGCAGGGUAACCAUACUAGAAGCAGACCAGUGAGUCUGUUUGUUGAUGUUUCUAAAGCGAAUACCCUUCCUAGAGUCCGUGAGAAUCCCCUGCCCCCAGAACCGAAGAGCCCUGGAGAGUAUGUAAGCAUUGAGUUUAAGGGGGAGAAGUGUGGCCAGACUGGGGUUGGAGGAGGGCGUGGCCGGGGUCUCAGGCAUGGCUUAUCACUGCCUCAUUGCCCAAGCAGCCAGAAUCCUCAACACAGGACAACUUCUUUCCUAGGAAACUUUGUCCCCCUCUCCCGCAGCCCCUCUGCUCCCAUCACUCCCCCAGCUGCCUCUGAAUAUGUCAACAUGGACUUGGGCCCUUCUCCGUCCCCCUCACCCCUCUCUCUUACCCCACUGGUUUUCCCAUCUUUUCACACCCCUCCCACGCCUCCAACUCUUGCUCAUGUCCCCAAAGCUUGUGAUGAGAGCCCCAGUGUCCCUCGUGAAGAGAGAGCUGAAGUAGCCGAGGCCCCACUUAGGAAAAGCAGAGAAAGUGCUCCCUCAGUGUCUGAGUCCGAGUCCCCUAUAUCCUGUGGAGACUACACAGAGAUGGUCUUCAGCUUGAAUAGCAACAAAGUCCCUAGGUCAUCAUCCAGUGUCUCUCCCAAAGCCCCCUCCCCCAUCAGGACUGAUCCUUCCGUUCCUGUACUGUCAUGUGGUCUAGAUUUCUCCCUUGCAAAACCUGGACUCAAUCCAGACCACGGGGCUAAAGUUAUCCGUGCAGACCCCCAAGGACGCAGACGUCAUUGCUCAGAAACCUUCCUUGCCCCGCCUUCCCUCCCCACCUCUACCUCCACUUCCUCUUCGUCCACUGCCUCCCUAUUUCCAGAACACACCCAAGCUGUCGCCCGUCGGCUGGGCUUUGAAAGCGUGCUGUGGGGGAAUGGUGCUGCGAGUGAUACCCCCACUCAGUGCCCCCUCCCUGGACAACAGUCCCUUCCCACAAACACUCAGACUUCAUCCACAGAGCAAGGUCUUAACUAUAUUGACUUGGACUUGGUCAACAAAGAGAGCCCCCAUUUGGGCCUGGAAGGACCCUCAGGUAGCCAGGCCCCUUCUCGCCUCUUCUCUGUACUGGGUGGAGGUUCUGGGAUUGGGGGAGUGGGCGCAGCAGUCGGCAGCAGCAGCAGCUCCAGCCUCAACACAUAUGCCAGCAUUGACUUCUACAAAUCAGAGGAGCUGCGGACACAUCAGAAUGGAAACAAGGAAGGAACAGAGUGCUGAUGUUGGUGCGUCGUCCUUGGAGGGGAAACAAUCUGGUACCACUCACUUCGAAGCCCCGCCUUUUCCUUUCCGUGAACUAGUUGCAUUGAAAGAGCGACUGGAUCGGACACGCCCCCGCUGAAGCACUUUGACAGACUGUUUUUUUUCCUUCGCUUUCAUCUCGUUGGUUACGGAAACCAGCGGAGAUGUGUGCCAAAUGACAUGAAAAGAUACUUGCUGCUCUCAUUCCUUGAGUGAAAGCCAAUCAGAGAAGGGUACAAAAAUGGAGAAUGGUAUUUUUUUAUUUUGUUUCGAUUUUUUUUUUUUAGAUUUCCUCCAAGUGGAAAAAACCCCUCCAAUCAUAGAGAGUACAAAGGUGGCUGAUUAUUAUUUGUAUGAGAAAGAAAAUAUAUAAGAACUAUUUACAGUAACUGCUAAAAAAGUGCCUCAUUUUCAGACUGUAGCUGUUUUGCAAAGAACUUCAACUUAGCCUUGACUAAGUUCAACUUUGGGUUCUUUCUUUCUGCUUAAUUUGAUGUAAUUUCAAAAAAAUGCAGAGGAAGAUAUUGAGAAAAAAUGGGUCGCACUCAAUGCCGUGUUAAUGUCAUAUGGGAUCGAUGGUACGUUGUCAAUAUAACACUAUCUGUUAAAUUUGGGUUACCUUGAAUGAAAGACUGACUGAUGUGAAGCAUCUAUUUUUAUGGAUCAUUGGUACUUCUGUUUAAUUUGGAGCCAAGUUAUAAAUAUUCAAGUUUCCCCGUUCAUGACUAAACGGAUGCUCAGAGAGCGCUUACCUCACAUUCAGCCUAUAUGUUAAAGAAAGUUAAAAUUAAAUAGGUUCUUAGUUGGGUCCCGCCUCUCCCCUCUGCAAAAUUUCAUGGAAAUCAGUUGAGUUCUUUUUGUGUAGUUGUGGUCACAAACCCGGAUGAAAACGUGACCCCUUCUAUUCACGACUUUUAAGCUGAUGCUAAUGACAACGAAAUAAACGAUGAAUCUGUUGUGACGUGAACGCGGCAUUUGCGCUAACAUAAAUGAUACAAUGGUACUAGCAAUCUACAGGCCUACCUGUCUACUGUGAGAAAUAUUAGCAUAGCAACUGUUAGCUUACUUGUGUCACUUUUAUUCUGUCUGUCUCCCUUUUCUUUCACGUUUAACUUUUCGAACCAGAGCCAUACACCGAAAGUAUUAAACACACAGGCUUGAAACAGAAGGGCACUUCUGUCAGCGUAUACAGAAUCUUGCUCGCUAGCUGAAGGCAGCCAGAUCAGAUUAAGAUAUUACCACCAUGCCAGGACAUAAAUUCACCAACCUGCUGACCACAGCUCAGGGUGAGACCCCUGCUAUAGAGCCAAGCAAUCCCAUUAGUGCUAUUAGCUCCAUACACGUGUGUGUCACUUAAUCCCCUUUGUCUCAGGAUGCUAAAUAACAUAAGGUACGUACAGUGAGGAUAGAGACCCUAUCUAUAGCCAUGCUAAUGCUAGCUUUGUAGCGGUCAGCACACUGCUUUUAGCACCAGAAAGGGGCUCAGUUGUUAUUUCUACAAAGUCCGUUUAUAGAAACUCCUAAUUUGUUGUCCUCACUUAUUUUAUACGUUAAGGUACCAAACAUUUAAGAAGAACGUUUUUACACUUUUAAAAUGUUUUUUAUCAGGUUGAAUUUAAAGUACCAAGACCCUAAAUCUUUUAAAGGUUCAGUUUGUAAGAUUUUGGUUAAAGGGAUCUAUUGGCAGAUGUUGAAUAUGAAAGGAUGCUCGUGUGUUUCACCUAAAUUGUAAGAAUUGUUGCCCCUUUAUAUUCAAGUACUUUAUAUUUACAUCAGGAAGGGAAGGGGGAGGUGAGGGGAAUUCAGCUGCAACAUGCAACUCCACCACUAGAUGUCACUAGAUUCUACACACUGAACCUUUAAUUUAAGACUUUCUAUGUCCUCCCGCCUCCUCUGUCUUUUGCUUACAGGUCUAACUUUAAUCUCCGCUAUGCAUCAGCACUUAAGUGCCUGUCUGUCCUGUUUGCCUGCCUGUCUCUCUGCCCCGCCUUAGCAGCUAGCACUAAUAGGGCUGUCCUAUCAGAUUAUAUCAAGUCUAUUUUUGUGUCUAUUUUUGUGUCUUUUGACUGUACAGUUCUAAAAAAAAAAAAAAAGGUCUUGUUGGUGUUUGUUCAAAUGUGACAGUGAUCUAUCAGAUUACUCGACCGGCAGCCAUGGCCCCGAUCGGUGGAGGUUUGGACUGUUUCAUUUUGUCGGUAAUCGUUGCGGGGCCACCAGUGCCAAAUCGCAACAACAAAAGACUAAGCUGUCCUCCUCUCCAACGGCACCUCAAGAAGCAACCUUCAGCUAUCAAGUCUGGACGUAUUGCUUUGUUUUGUUUUAACGAUGUAACCUUUUUGUGUUUCCCCCCAAUGUUUUUCUUUUGCAGUACGGGGGGGGGGGGGGGGGGAACUGUGACAUAUCUCCCCUCGCAGUCUGCUUAUGUGACUCCUGGAGAUAAAGGUCAUUGUGAAUACUUGCAUAUGCUUUAACCUUGGAUUUUCUUAUGACUUUUACCAGAGCGUCAAAAAAAAAAAAAGAAAUGCAUGAAGAGAAAGACAAGGCCACCGAGAAAAAACGACAACAAAAUGUCUAAAUGUCUAAAUACAUCUACGUAGCUAUUAAGUUUGUACUGUGUGUUUAUCUGCUUUGGGAAGUUCAUGAACUUUCUCACUCUGGUCACAUAACUGUCGGCGUCCCGGAGCAAAACAAUGCAGCUUAAUUACGUGCAGAUUGGAAUCUGUGGUGGGACUUACCCCAUAAUAGUGGUUGGUAAUGCAGAAGUGAAAAAAAACCCAGAUGAAAAGUUCGCACAUUCGCAAACAAACACGUGAUGAUAAGUUUAAAUGUAUUUUGGAAAUGUUCUCAUAUUGAAACUGCAGUUUUCUGCCAAAACAGACACUCUUGAAGGUACUUAUAGUGAACAAAACGCACAAGUAGGUGGUGCGUUCAGGUGCAGAUGUUGCUUUCCUGCUGUUUAGAGCCUCCUUCCAGCUCUGAGAAUCUCAUGAACUUCUCAAUAACCCACGUUUUUACUGUCGUAACUGCACAGUCUGGAAAGUGUUGGCCCCGUGGCUCCGUUGGCUCCGUUGGCUCGAUGGUCACAGCUACAUAUCAUGAAUAAAGCUCAGAUGAACAGGGGGUUUAACAGUGGCUGCAUGACUUCAUUCAUUGCAUUGUGUAGAGAUAUUCAUAAACGGUGCGGGAAAAGUGGUGCUGCUGUCCUAAAAAGAUUUUGUAUCCCUUCCUGGUGUUCCCCUGAGGGAUGGUACUGAAUGGGCAUAUUGUGAGAUUUUUUGCCAUUGAUGUAGACAGUUUUACUUCUGUUGCUUGAGAGAAAAGAAAAAUCAGACUAAAAGGAAAAAAAAA